AUGGAAUACAUCGUCCGGUUUGCACAGCAUCAUUAUUCUUUCCGUCAGCCCGAGCUCGAGGCUGUGGCUGAACUUGUUGGAGUCGACCUAGAAAUUAUUUCCUACAGUGACUAUUCACCAUACUGCAUCGUGAAAUUGAAAGAUGAUGCCGCAGCACGCGCAUUGGUCUCGCGUUGCAUCCUAGCCCAAUGUGUCAUUGCACUAUGGGGCGAAGGAAACAACUAUGAAGAGUUGCACGCAGACAUCAAACGGCGAAAUUGCUGGCCGGGUUAUCAGAAUGACCCCUUUGCUUUCAAACUUGCGUGUUUCGCCGGACAGCGAAGCCAACCAGAAUGGAGCGAGAUCAUUGCCUCAUUCAAGUAUAUGGAUUUCAAGGGUCCAGUACAGCUCAAGAAUCCCGAUGCAAAUAAGUUCUACGUCAUGGAGGAGUGGGUUCAAGAUGUUGAAACUUCUACCAUCGGCACAGCGCGAGGAGAAGUGCCCCGAAAGAUUUAUAUGGGGCGCUUUAUCGUUGAGAGUGCUCGGAGUGCUGUUGAUAAGCUUGAUCUUAAAAAGAGAAAAUAUAUCAGCACGACUUCUAUGGAUGCGGAGCUGAGUCUUGUCACGGCGAAUAUGGCCCUUGCUGCACCUGGAAAACUCUUCUUUGAUCCAUUUGUCGGCACCGGAAGCUUUUUGGUGGCUGCUUCUUACUUCGGUGCUCUGACCUUUGGUUCUGAUAUCGAUCCUCGGAGUUUCCGGGGUAAGGAUACGGAACGAAAACAAAUGGCGUUGAUGAAGAACUACGAGCAAUAUGGCAUUGUGAGUCAGUUCGUAGAUGCAUUCACAUCUGAUCUUACCAAUACUCCUCUACGCGACUGCUACUUCCUCGACGGAAUUGUCUGUGAUCCACCAUACGGUGUGCGUGAGGGUCUUCGCGUUCUAGGAACCCGCAAUGGGAAAAUUAUCGAGCCAACGAUGAUUGAUGGUGUUGAGGCUCACUAUCGCCCCGGCUAUAUUCCUCCGAAACGGCCGUAUGGAUUUGAGGCUAUCCAGAAGGAUAUUCUUGACUUUGCAGCACGGUCUCUCGUUCCAAAUGGUCGUCUUGCGAUGUGGAUGCCCUGUACUAGCAGUGAGGCAGUAGACUUUCCAGUGCCUAUGCAUCCAAACCUAGAGCUCAUUUGUGUUUCCGAACAACCAUUCAGUAGCUGGUCCCGUCGAUUGAUGACUUAUCGACGCCUUCCUGAAGGUGAAGUUUCCGACAUUUCCUCAGGAAGAAUCAAGUCCGAUGACGACAGUGGUGUCAAUGCAGACGAACUGAACGAAUUCCGACGAAGAUACUUCACAAGACAUUUGGACAAGCUGAAAAAUGCCGAGGAAUCAAAAUCAGGAUGA